UUUAUAUUUUUGUAUUGUAUUUGUCUUGGGCUAUUUAUGGACUGGAGUCUGAAAUAAAGUUUUCAUAUCAUAUAUCAUAUAAUCUAUCUCCUGAUAUCAAAAGUAUAAUUAAAUAUACAUAACUACUAUACAUCAUUAAUAUAUAAAAAUGACACAAGCGCGUUGGGGUCUUGCGUCCACCAGGGGGCGCCGCUGCACCAUAUCUCCACCACAUGGGAGUCAUCACCCGGAGGACUGAUGAUGUCAGGGUGUAGUGUUGUCGGGUAGAGACGCUCUGCAGGACGGGCAGGAGAGCCGGUGACUGUCGGGUGGUUAUUUUUCUUUUAGCAAACAAAGUUCUGGAAAUAACCGUGAGGAUGGAGGAACCCGGUUCACCUGAAGAACGGAAUAUGACCCGGUUCACCUGUGGAGCGGAAUAAGACCCGGGUUCAUUGUGGUGCCAGCGCAUCCAUGCGGGGGUUCUAGGAGAGUCUCUGGGGGGUCGUCGGAGCGCGGAGGGGUUGCUGCUGAACCGGACUCCGGGAGGUCGGGAUCCUAAAGACGGUACGUUAGUGUGACGUCUCUACGGUUCUUCACGGAGAGGAGGAGGUCGUGACCCGGGAUGUUGUGGUUCCAGGAGCGAUGACCUGGCUGAAGGAGGUGGACCGCUGGCCCGGGGGAACCCGGGACCCGGACCGGGACCAGGACCGGGACCAGGGGGACUCGGACCUCCAGGGAGAGCUGGUCCAGGUGGUCCUGGAGGGGGGGUCUCCGUGGGGCUUCACCCUGAAGGGGGGGCGAGAGCACCGGGAACGGCUCAUCAUCACCAAGGUGGAGGCAGGCCCCGGGGCCGGGGGCCUCCAGGUGGGGGACGAGGUGGUCCAGGUGGGGGGGGUCCCGCUGGGGGGCUGGAGGCAGGAGGCCAUCGCCAUGGUGAAGAGCGCCCAGCGCACCCUGGUGCUGGGGGUCCGACGGAGGGAUGAGGCCGCCUCCCGCCCCCCGUCCUGGCAGACCUCCAGGCUGAGCCAGGACCCCCCCGACCCCAAAGCGCCCCCCCCCCCCGUCUGGCAGCCCCUGCAUGAGACCAGGCCCAGAGAGGUUCCGGGCCACGGGGGCCCCACAAGCCAGCGCUGCCCCUCCAUGGAGAGACCGGACCGCCCCAGAGACCCCUACCAGUCCGGCCCCCCGCCCCCAAACGCCCUGGACCCCCCGCCUGGGGGGCCCCCCUCCAGGGCCCCUGACCCCGGGUGGCCCCCCUCCAGGGACUCCGGCUUCAGCUGCUUCUCGGGGUCCUCCAGCCCCCCCGAGCCCGACCACGCCUUCCCCCCGCCCCGCCGGGGCCCUGGUUCCGAGGACAUGUUCUUCAAGGGCCCGCCCAGCGAGGGGGCCCCCGGCCCGGCGGAGCGCCCCCCCUGGUACCUGCAGCCUGCCCUGGGGACCAGAGGCUGGGAGCGGCCCCGUGCCGAGGACCGGGGGCCCGUCCCGGGGGGCCGGGGGGGCGCAGGGCCCAUGUGGCAGGUCCCGGAGAGGAGCCGGCCCCGAGGCCCCCCCCCGCCGCUAGCCCCCCCGCAGCGCAACGACAGCUUCGCGGCCACCAGGGUGUUCCCCUACGUCGACGGGCCCCUCGCCCACCGGCGGGGCCCCGGCGGCCGGCUGGAGGAGGGCCUCCUCCGCCCGGACGCGGCCCCGGGCCCCCGUCCCGGACGCCUGCCCCCCCCAGGCCGGCUUUUCUCCAGCUCCAGCACCGACGUGCGUCAGGGGGGCCCCUCCUACGCGGCCCUACUGGCCCGGCACCACAGGGGCCACAGCGACGAGACCCCCCUGCCCCCCCGGGGCCCGGGACCCCCCCGGGCCUCGUUGCCGCAGAGCGUGGGGAGCUACUACCGCAGCCUGCAGGACAUCCCGGCCGACGCCCGCCGGCCCCCCGGGGCCCCCGCCUCGCUCUCGGCUUUGGGGGCCUUGCUGGACCCCGUCCCGGGGAGCGGGGGCCCGGUCCGGUACGGAGGCCCCCCGGCCAGGGGGGGGGCGGUGGAAGACCCCCGGAAAGACCCCGGCUCGGCCCCGCCCCCGUCCCAGACCCCCUGCUUGGACCCCCAGGACCGCAGACCCCCCUCAGGUCAGGGGGAGGGCGGUCCCCCAAAAACCCCCGGAACCCCGGACCCCUGGGUCCCUCAGGAGGACUGCCGCAUCUCCCGGACCGGGACCCCCUUCCUGCACUCCCUGGCCCAGGAGGGCCGCGCCCUGCUAUCGAGGGCCCCUCUCGUCGCCGGCGGCAAUGCCCCGCCCGCCACGGAGACGGGGAGGCCCGGGAGCCUGGUCGCCAGGCAACCGCUGGCAGCUUCCGUCGGCAACCCCUCAGGUGAACCCCGGGGCCCCCGGUUCCUCGGGGCCCCCGGCUCCGGGGCCGGUCUGGGGGCCCCUCACUCCGGGGCCGGCAAAGGGGUCCCCGGCUCCGGUCUGGGGGCCCCCGGCAUAGGGGCCGGUCUGGGGGCCCCUCCUUCCGGGGCCAAUCUGAUGGUCCCCGGCUCCGGUCUGGGGUUCCCCGGCUCCGGGACGGGGGGCCCCAGGCCGGUCCGCAGGGGGCAACGCUAUGCCACCGCCCUGAGACAGCAGGUCCAGACGAAGAGGGCCCAGCUGCUGAAGAGCCGCAGCGCCGCUCCCCUGACCUGUGAGGGGCAGGGGGGGGGGCAGGAGGAGGAGGAGGAGGGGGGGCAGGAGGGGCAGGAGGGGCAGGGAACCACCUCCGCCUGCUCCUCCUCCUACAAGGACCACCUGAAGGAGGCGCAGGCCCGCGUGCUGCAGGCCACCUCCUUCCAGAGGCGGGACCUGGGGCCGCCAGGCCCCGAUGGGAGGGCCCCCCCCCUGCCGGUCCGGGUCGGGCGCCGGAGGCGUCCCCCCCGGAGGGUGCACUCCUUCUCCGAGCCGGACAAGAUGGACCGGGUUGGCCGGGGGGAGGAGUCCCGCGGGGGGGAGGGGGGCGGGAGGAGGUCGGCCUUCGCCAGACCCCUCCUCAAGACCGGACCGCGGGGGUCCACAGCAGACCCCCGCGGUGAGGCCGGGCCGGGACUGGACCGGGGGACCUCUGCGUCCCGGGACGUGGACCCCGGGGUCCCGGUCCAGCCUCUGCGGGACUGGGACCAGAGGCUCGGGACCUUCGCUGAGUACCAGGCCACCUGGACCUCCGCCAGGAGGCCGGCGGGGGUCCCGGCCAAGGGGAGGUACCGGUCAGCAGAGGACAUCCUGGACCCCCAGCCCGACCACGCCGCCGCCGCCUGCGUCCACGAGCGGUCGCGCUCGUCGCCCUCGGCGGACCUCUGCUUGUCCACGAAGGGCUCUGGUCCCUGGGGAGACGCCGGGAACCCGGCCGGGACCACACUGCACGACGCCCCGCAAGGCAGCUGGCCCCACGGGUCUCUGGGCGCCGCCGCAGCGCUGCAGUCCUCAGAGCCAGAGGCCUCGCCCACCCCCCUCGACCACGCCCCCAGCCCCGCCCCCUCGUCGCCCCUGCCCCCCCGCCCCCCCCUGGAGGAGGCCCCCCCCAGAGAGGAGGCGGGACCCUUUGAGGGCAGCCCCCCCACCAGGACGGCCCCCGUGAGGAUCGUCCAAUCAGAGUGCUCGGAGCGGGAGGGCCGGGCCUACCUGCCCCCCCCCCAGCAGCAGACCUCCACCACCUCCUCCUCCAACCCCCUCCCUGGUCCCCCGACCCCACCCAGCCUGGGCCCUCCACCCCUCCCCUCCCCCGCAUCCUCCUCCUCCCUCUUCAGCGUAUACACCCGCCCUCCUCCUCCUCCUUCACCUCCAACCUUGGUCCAGCCCACCCCCACCCAGACGGGGGCUCUGGUGGUCUGCCCUAGAGGAGGUGAAGGAGGAGGAGGUGGUGGUGAUGGAGGAGGUGAUGGUGAAGGAGGUGGUGGUGAUGGUGAAGGAGGAGGAGGAGGAGGAGAAGGAGGUGAAGGUGAAGGAGGAGGAGGUGGUGAAGGAGGUGAUGGAGGUGAUGGAGGAGGCGGUGAAGGAGGUGGAGGAGGUGAUGGAGGAGGGGGAGGGGAGGAGGAGGAGGCCCAGCGGGAGCUGCUGUGCCAGGCCAUCGGGGUUCGGGACCGGGCCCUGGCUGAGGUCCUGGACCGGCGCGGGAUGCGGACCACCAUGGACCUGAUGGAGGGGUUGUUCCCCCAGGAGGGGCCCCCCAGGGACCAGCGCCGCAGGGGCCCCGCGGGGCCCCGGCCGGCCGCCGAGGACCCCCCCGGGCCCCUGGUCCCCAGCUCCUCCUACUACAGCACCUCGGCCCCCAAGGCAGAACUCCUCAUCAGGAUGAAGGACCUCCUCCUGGAGGAGGAGCCGGAGGAGCAGGGGGAGGAGCCGGACCAGCAGGACCUUGUCCUCAAGAAGAGGGCGCUGAUCCUCAGCCUGGCCCAGAAGCUGUCGGUGCUGCGGGAGGCGCGUCUGGGCCUCCAGGAGGAGCUGCAGCAGAACGAGGCCCUGGGUCGGGAGGUGGAGGCGGGGGUCCAGCGGCUCUGCCCCCCCCACCAGCUCGACAAGUUCCGCAUGUUCGUGGGCGACCUGGACAAGGUGGUCAGCCUGCUGCUGUCGCUGGCCGGCCGGCUGGCCCGCACCGAGAUCGCCCUGGGGGCCGCCGGGGAGGGAGCCCCCGACACGGGGGAGAGGAGGACCCUGGAGGAGAAGCGCCUGCUGCUCCUCCGUCAGCACGCCGACGCCCUGGAGCUGAAGGCCAACCUGGACCGGCGGGAGUGCGUGGUGAGCCGGGUGAUGGAGGCCCGGCUGGACCCCGGGGCCCUCGAGGACUACCGGCACCACGUCCGCAUGAAGGGGGCCCUCGCCACCGAGCGGCGCCUGCUGGACGACCGGCUGAAGCUGGGCGCAGAGCAGCUGGCCUGCCUCAUGGACAGCCUGCCCCCCGACCAGAGGCCCCUCCUGGGGGCCCUAGACCCGGGGCCCCGCUGGGUCUAGGACCAGGACCGGGACCGGGACCCAGCAGCUGGCCUGCCUCAUGGACAGAGGGGCCCCACGCCUGGGGCCCCGGUGUGUGUGUGUGUGUGUGUGUGUGUGUGUGUGUGUGUGUGUGUGUGUGUGUGUGUGUGUGUGUGUGUGUGUGUGUGUGUGUGUGUGUGUGUGUGUGUGUGUGUGUGGGUGGUAAUUUAUUGUAGCCUACAGAUUGUUUUUGUUUUGCUGACGAAGAACGACUUUAGGAGAUUAUUAUUAUUCCAAUAGUAUUAUUGAUUACCUAGAAGUUUUCCUGCUGUUAAAGUAUUAUUCUUUCUACAUUGAGAACGAUAACUAUAUAUAUAUAUAUAUAUUUAUUUAUUUAUAUCUAUAAAUUAUUCCGUAAUUAUAUCCUCCUAUUGUUGAUGCAGACUUUUUGUUUUCAUUUUUAAUAAUAAAACCAGUCACACCAGU